CAUAGUCGUUUGUUUGAAUAUUUCAACCCAAUUAACUGUCGUUUUUAUCGUUAAAUGCCAAAAACAGCGACACACACAGACUCAAGUUGAGGUCCGACCGCCAUAGCCAUAACCAUAAUAAUCUCACACCCUUUCACCUCUGCAAAUUGACAGCGACACUAAAGAGGACUUAAUUCGUUGAUCUGAAUCUUACCCAUUAUAAAAUCUACAUUCAUUCAAUCCUAAUCCUCCAUAAAUUCAGUUCUUCUCUUAUUUUAUUUUACUCCUUAAUAAUUCCGAAAAACAAACAUAAUAAUGGCGACUACUGAGGUCAAUAAUCCGGCUCUGGCUCCGGAUUCGGACACUCCGAACGAUCCGAGUCACGAGUUCGCUGAGUUCGGAGCUGGAUGCUUCUGGGGAGUGGAGCUGGCGUUUCAGCGAGUGAAUGGAGUGGUGAAAACGGAAGUUGGAUAUUCUCAGGGUCAUACUCCGGACCCGACUUACAAGCUGGUUUGUUCUGGAACAACUAAUCACGUUGAAGUUGUUCGGAUCCAAUUCGACCCGAAAGUAUGCUCCUAUACCCAUUUGCUUUCAGUCUUUUGGGGUCGCCAUGAUCCCACAACCCUCAAUCGACAGGGUGGUGAUGUUGGGGACCAGUAUCGAUCUGGAAUAUACUACUACAAUGAAUCUCAAGCUCGUUUGGCCCAAGAAUCAAAAGAAGCUAAACAGUUGGAGUUGAAGGAUAAGAAGAUAGUGACAGAAAUUCUGCCAGCAAAGAAAUUUUACAGAGCAGAGGAGUACCAUCAGCAAUAUCUUGAGAAAGGAGGUGGUCAAGGCUCAAAACAAUCUGCCCAGAAAGGUUGCACUGACCCCAUUAGAUGUUAUGGCUGAGAAUAUUUCAAUAAGUCCAUAAAAUAAAGCUCAACACAUAAUUCUGAGUUGUGUUAUGUGUUAUAUGUUAUAUCUGUUUGGAUACUAGUUUUAGUGUCUCUGUUUUGUGUGAAAAUUCCUAUCAAUGAAUGCCAGCACUGUUUUUGCUAUGAAUAAUAAUAAAUCUAGUGCUUUAUACUGAA